AUGGAGACAAGUUCCCGCCGUAAAGCGUGUGAUACAUGCUUCAAGAGGAAAAUUAAGUGCGAUAUGCUAAAGCCAGCAUGCUCAAACUGUCUACUAUACAAAGUACCAUGUAGUACAACUGUUAUCCGAAGGAGGACAGCUCCUGCACCUCAAAAAGAAAUAGCAAAGUCGACGAGCCCCGCCAACAGCGGAGAUAACCUAGAAGCUCGUCUUGCUCGAAUCGAAGCCAAGUUAGAUAGACUUGGUGAUUCAAGCCCCUCCGCAACAACAACAGAACAGCAUCUAUGCGGUUUUGCUAAUCAAGACGCAUGGCCUUUAUCAAAUGUAUCGCCUCUAGAACAAUCAGACGAGCAAGCCCUAGAACGCAACGACGAUCAGGGCCUACCGCCGGUAACUGAGAUAUUGCCAGUUGUGGAAGAUUAUUUCCGUGGUUUCAACGCCGCAAUGCCACUAUUCAACCAACAUCAAUUUAUGCAGAUGCUGUAUGACUUCUAUCCCGGCCAAGAACAGACCAAGAAAUCGAGAGCUGUAUGGGCUGCUAUAAAUGUAGUCCUUGCUAUUGGUUAUCGCGUUCGUCGCGUAGAGGGUGAUGACAUUCUAGCUAGGUUUAACGAGAUGAAAAUAAAGAAGUGCAUCGACAACGCUCAAAGAGAGUUGGAUGAGCUUGUCACCCGCGAGGAAGACACACUUGGUAUCCAAGUCCUCUUAGGUUUAGUUCUGCUCUUCGAAACGAGCACAGACCAAAAACCGGCGUCCGUCAUAAUUGGUACGGCGGUCCGACUGGCUCAUCGAUUGCAACUUCAUGUGAAAUCCUCUUUAUCCAACCUUCCGAUAGAUGAAGCGCGACACAGAAGUAAUGUAUUCUGGCUAUGUUAUUGCCUGGAUAAGGAUGUCAGCUUCCGCGCCAAGAUUCCUUCAAUACAGAAUGACGACGAUAUAGACCUACCUCUACCAGGAGCGGAUUUCGGUGACGAUGGCCAUUUCCUUCAGAGUAUCGACGGGCACUCGCAACUCAAUUACUUCCGUGCCAGAGUCCAACUUGCCUAUCUCGAAGGGAAAGUAUACGACUACCUACUUAGCAAUAGGUCCACCAAAAUAUCUCCGAGGACUCGCCAAGAGAGGGUAUCGCAUCUUUCUACACUUCUCGAUCAGUGGCUGCAAGCGAUACCAGCACCUUUGCAAUUUGAGAACAUAACGAGGACCUUAGAAAAGGCACCGUUGACCCACAUGAUAAUUCUGUAUCAGGCUUAUUUGUUAUGCUCUACUACGAUCAACGGUCUCUAUUCCCUUGAGUCGCCUUGGAUAAAGUCGAUCAACGGUUAUAGUAGUGCCGUUCUCUUCAACAUCGAUACUCAGGCGCAUAUUUGCACGAGACAUCAGCAACCGCUAGUGCCGCAUUACUGGGCAGCUUGUGUGACUGCUAGCCGUGCGUGCCUGAAGUUACUGGACAGUGCUCAUGAUGGAUGUAACAUGUGGUUAAGCGGCUGCGCUUAUUUCUCUUCGUUCGUUGUCUUGUUAGCUAACAUAGUUUAUUUUCCUUUGCAUGAGUUUGUGGAAUUUGACCAGAAGCUCACCGCCAACACUAUGGACCAUAUGACGAAGUUAUUGGAGCUUACCGGGUCCGAAGCCUUUAAGAAACUCCAUGUCAUUGUCGUAGGGUUAGAACAGGCGGCAACUUAUGCAGUCAAGCGGGCGAAAAAGAUUGUUGAUGAUUACGAACCUGAGCCCGAGCCUGAAUCCGAGGCGAACCUCGCACUAGACCACGACGCUCUACAUUCUCUAUCACAACAUAGUGUCUUUUCUGACCAUUUCAGCGAGAGCUUUGUUCCCCAACUCGAUACAAAUUACGCAUCUGGAUCUACUUGGCCACAGGCAUCACCCUUCGGGACCUCCGGCAUGGAUCUCGGCGGAUUUGACUUUAAUGAUGAGAUGUCGGUGCCGAUGUUUAUGCGCGAUAUCCCGUAA